AUGUUGAAUUCUCAACUGAAAUAUGCUGGAGAGAGAAAACUGAUUAAUGACAUUACCCUUUUAGCAGAGGCUAUUUCAAAUAGGCUUGUGUUGCUAAGUUCUUCCGAUUUAUAUUUUGAGGAACUGGGAAAAGGAAAGCGAUUUACGCAAAGUACUGUCAUUUAUUUAGAAGAUUGGUUCAUUUCAAAUUCCUCAGAUCCUUACCUCACGAAAGCUAAAGCUCAUCUCCUUUCUGAAAAAACUGGCCUAACGAUUAAGCAAGUUCGAAAUUGGGUUUCAAAUCGCAGGAGGAAAUUCAAAAGAAACCCUAUUGAGCCUUCACUUGAACGCCUCCUUGAAUAG